AUGCUUCAUCUGCAUGCCGAUUUGCAGAAUGCGUUCAUAAUUGUAUGUCGGUAUGUGGUGGUUGCCCUCGUGGCAGUUCCAGUGCCAGAGACUGCUGCUAUUUCCAGCAGUGCUCUCAAUGUACACUGUUUUUCGAUUGUUACCAGGCGCUGUCGGGCUGCCACGGCUCAGAAGAAAUACGAUCUUCGCCUGUCGGGCCAGCCUCCUGCAUGCUCGCUCGUCUCGGGGCGGCCUCCCAUUCGGGCAGCCCGGAGUGGCCCGCCGGAUCGAGGGAGGCCCCCCGUCGCUACAAAAAACAGCUUCGGAGGUGCCAAGACUCACCACACGACGGUUCCUGAGUUCCCCGAGAGGGCGCCCACGCUGCCAGCAGGGCCCACCCAGCCACGCCAGUGGGGACGGGGAUCGGUGGAGCGAUGCUCUCGGCUUGCCUCCUGCUCCUCCUCGAGCCGACGGUCGGGAAGCGCGCUGUCGGCGCGCGCCGCGGGCUCGGAGGAGCAAUGCGUCGUGGCGUGCACGGGGGAAGUUCCGUUCCCGGCCGUUUUCUGCUGA